GCGAGGAUUGCCUGCAGCGAGCAGCAAGCAAGCAGAGAGAGAGAGAGCGCGCAUGAGGCACAGAAGCAUGGGCGUGCGCGGUCUGCAUCAGACGAUAUGUCUUCUAGAAACAGAAGCGCGAAGCUGGAAUCCAAAUGCCGACUAGCUUCAAACGGUGGUAGAUUCACAAUCCUUCUCUACCACGUAAGUGUGGGCGUGGCUCUAGUAGGAGUUGCUAGCAGGCAGAGAGCUCCGGGCCGCCUAAGAGGAGCGCGCGCGCUCCCUUCGACAACAUGCCUGGGUAUGCACACAUAUACAUGCCUGUCUGCGUACAUACACAUGUACUCAUACACACAUGCGCCGCUGCUAGUGCAUGUCAGUCUGGUGGUCUGCAUACGCCUAGGCGAAUUCCCGUACCACCGCGGAGGGGGAACGGAGGGGCCGAGAUUGCAAAUCAUGGCCCCCCCCAGUCGUGGUGCUGGGUGCUGGUUGCUCUACGGCUGCUCACGGCCCAAGUUCGACUCGACCUGUCCGCUGGCAAUUCUACGCGUCCGUCCGUGUGUCUGCUGUUUUCGUUUGCCCUCUCCCUCUGCGUCGGCCCCCCAAUUAUUAAUAAGACCCUCUGGAUAUGGUGGGCGUCAACAAAGCUAGGACGUCCUGCGCGCCGGUCGACGCCCUAGGCAGAGAUUACGGGGAGUCGGGACGCCCCGAGACAAAGACCCAAGACGAGAGAGACUACCGUGCUACCACAUAAGACCCAAUCGAAUCGGGUCAGGCAAGCGCCGUGUGCGCAUACAGGAACAGCGCAGAUUAGGUGUCCUCAGUCGCGUUAUCGGAUCAAGCGACGGGGGCCAGUUGUGGACGAUUCGGAU